AUGCAAACAACAACAUUGGCUGAAGCUCAUCAAAAGGCGCACGGUUCAAAAGAGGAUGCCAGUGCCUUCUUUGAAACACUAGCAACAGAUAACAAUACAGCAGCCGCAGUCGGUUCUCCGCCUCGACAACAAGAGAGAAACCCAAACCAAGCCCAGCAGCCAGAGGUGGCAAACAAUGAAGACGAAGAAAUGCAGCAGCUUGGGCAAAAUCAUGACAACAACAACGAUUUUUCCACCGAUUUGGUCGGUGAUAGUGACCUAUCCGAGGGAAGCUCUGACAAGGACCUCGAUUCUGCCGAAUAUGGAGGAGGUGAGGGGCUUGAUGACAAUGUAGUCGCUGGAGAGGAUGAUUGGAACAACAAACCAAGACAUCAACACAAGCAUGAGAGCAAAGUUCAAAUCCUAUUGUAA